AUGAGGAAACACGUCAUCAUGACACUGCUGGACACGGAGCAGUCCUACGUGGAGUCCUUGCGCACCUUGAUGCAGGGUUACAUGAAGCCACUGAAGCAACCGGAGAAUUCGCUGUUGUGUGACCCAUCGCUGGUGGAUGAGAUCUUCGACCAGAUCCCCGAGCUGCUGGAGCACCACGAGCAGUUCCUGGAGCAGAUCCACGACUGCGUGCAGAACUGGCACGAGAAGCAGAAAGUGGGCGACCUCCUUGUGCAGUCGUUCUCCAAGGACGUGCUGGUGAACAUCUACUCUGCCUACAUCGAUAACUUCCUCAAUGCCAAGGAUGCUGUCAGAAUCGCCAAGGAAGCCCGGCCGGCAUUCAUAAAGUUCCUGGAGCAAAGCAUGCGUGAGAACAAGGAGAAGCAGGCUCUGUCUGACCUGAUGAUCAAGCCGGUGCAGAGGAUCCCACGAUACGAGCUGCUGGUGAAGGACCUGCUGAAGCACACACCAGAGGACCACCCCGACCACCCUUUCCUCAUCGACGCCCAGCGCAACAUCAAGCAAGUGGCUGAGAGGAUCAACAAAGGCAUGAAGAGCGCAGAGGAGGUGGAGAGGAACGCCCGGAUUGUGCAGGAGAUUGAGUCCCACAUUGAAGGCAUGGAGGACCUCCAGGCCCCGCUCCGCAGGUUCCUGCGCCAGGAGAUGGUCGUGGAAGUGAAGGCAGUGGGUGGGAAGAAGGACCGCUCCUUCUUCCUUUUCACGGACCUGCUGGUGUGCACAACGUUGAAGCGCAAGUCAGGCUCCCUCCGCCGCAGCUCCAUGAGCCUGUACACGGCAGCCAGCGUGAUCGACACCGCCAGCAAGUACAAGCUGCUCUGGAAGCUGCCGCUGGAGGACGUGGACAUCGUCAAAGGUGCCUCGCAAGCCACCAACCGGGAGAGCAUCCAGAAAAGCAUCUGCCGCCUGGAUGAAGACCUCAGCACUUUGGGGCAAGUCAGCAAGCUGUCGGAGACCCUCAGCUUCCCCCACCAGAGCCUGGAUGACGUGAUCAAGGACCUGAUGGCCGCCAUCCACCGGGAGCUGGCAGAGAAGCAAUCCCUGUCCUUCAGCAUGGCCUUCCCCCCCAACAAAGUGGAGCUCAGCACCACCAAAGCUGACGGCACCGAGUCUUUCAUCUUUGAGUUCCCCAACCCUGAUGCCCGGCUCGGCUUUGAGCAAGCCUUUGAGGAUGCCAAGAAGAAGCUGGCUUCCAGCAAAAACUGCCUGGACCCGGAGUUCCUCAAGGCCAUCCCCAUCAUGAAGACGCGGAGCGGGAUGCAGUUUUCUUGUGCUUCUCCCAGCCACGGCAGCCCAGAAAGCUCCCACGAGGUUUGGGUUUGCAACAGUGAUGGUUACGUGGGGCAGGUUUGUUUGCUCAGCAUCCGUAAGGAGCCCACGGUGGAGGCAUGCAUCGCUGUCUGCUCCGCCAGGAUCCUCUGCAUCGCCUCCGUGCCCGGUCUCAAGCGGGCGUAUAG